CUUUGCACUGACAGCGUGACGAGGCGUACGUACGGCGUCGGCUCUGCUUCAUCGACUCGACAUGGGCUCGCGGAAACCGUCUAUAUCAGCCGUCACCUGGAAUGAGCGGCGGCACCACCUCGCGGUUGUCGUCAUAGCCAUCGCUACAAUCGUCGUCAAAGGACGUGGCGCCGGUGGGACGCUACCCGACGUCAUUCGAAUUGGUGUCGUGUACGAUCAUGCGGGCUCAUCCGAGGAAGAGAAGCUGCUGUGGCAAGCGCUCGACCGAGCCAACCUAAACGCCAGCGACGACGGAGAGGCGCCGACGGCAAUGGGUGGCGGCCCAGGGACCCAUGAGGCGGCUCCUGUUUCAAGCAGGGCACCGCACCUCAGUCUGGCCAUAGAAAGGUUGGAUCCGGAAGACACCUUCCGAUCGGCAAAGAAAGUGUGCAGACUCCUUGAGCAGGGCGUCCUAGCGGUGCUGGGACCUCGGCAGCGAGACGCGGCAUCCCUGGUCGGCAGCGCUUGCACAGGACACAGAGUCCCGCACGUCCACUUGUCCCAGGAAGUUGGGGCUCAUGCAGACGUAAAUGUGGGUUCGGCGUCCCUUACCCUGGCACCUCCCCCCCACGAACUGGACCAAGCUCUCAGGGAUUUGGUGGAAGCUCAGCGGUGGAAAGGCUUCACGAUUGUGUACGAAAAACCCGAAGCUCUGCUACGGCUGCGUGGUCUCCUACACUUGCCGCAGCCUGGCGGUCGUCCACUUCCGGUGUCGCUGCGCCUACUUCCGGACAAAACGGACCCGCGAAUUGUUCUGCGGGAGAUCGCUAAGGCCGGGGAGAGCAACAUCGUUCUCGACGUGGCUACGCACAGGCUUGGCGAUCUAUUCAGACAUGCCCAAAGAAUUGGAAUCGUCAACGAGUAUCACAACUUCAUUGUCACUACACUGGACUUGCACACGGUGGACCUUUCGGAUCUUCAGAACUCGGGAACCAACUUGACUGGCUUCCUGCUUCUGAAAAGAGAUCUCUGGGAGCAGGACAUCGGUGCCGUACGUGAGAAGUACACUCAAACUGGCGUAUACCCAUUAUUUCUCGCGCAUCGGGUCUUCUGGAAGCAAUUAAGGACAGACGCGGCUCUCACUCAAGACGCACUGAACAUACUCGUGCGAGCCAUCCAGAGCCUAGCCAAGGCCCGUACGCUGGAUACGCCCCCCAAAGUCAGCUGCCGUGCCAAUUCCGCGCCGAGCAACUGGGCGCACUCCGACAUGCUCAUCGAUGCUGUGAAGAAGGCUCGCUUUUCCGGCCUGACUGGACCCAUUUGGCUGGAUGCUACGGGUCAUCGAAGAAACGUGUCCCUGUACGUAGUGCAACUGAAGCGUGUGGGGCUGACGUCGGUCGGAACCUGGAGUGCGUCGUCUGGGCUCAACAUCACUCACGCGGAAAAGAUGUUCCAGGAAGAAAUACUUAAUGUAUUGAAGAACAAGACGUUGAGAAUUACGACAAUAUUGAAUGCACCUUAUGUCAUGCUCAAGAAAUCCGCACACAAGCUUGAAGGAAACGACCGCUUCGAAGGAUUCUGCAUGGACUUGCUGCGCGAAAUAUCUGUGUCUCUGGGCUUUCGCUACCAGCUGAGGCUUGUCAGGGAUGGUGCUUACGGAGCCCAAGACUCCCGAGGCCACUGGAAUGGCGUGAUGCGCGAGCUCAUCGACAAGGAGGCUGACCUGGCGAUCGGCGACUUGACCAUCACAUCACAGCGCGAGCAGGCCGUUGACUUUACUAUGCCAUUCAUGACCUUGGGCGUCAGCAUACUUUACAAGAAGACGGAGCAGAAACGUUCGCUUCUGUUCUUCCUGUCUCCGCUCUCAUCGGAUGUGUGGCUGUGUGUUGCAGCAGCGUGCAUUGUUGUCAGUGUCGUGCUGUGUUGCGUUGCGCGUGCUCAAAGUGCGGAGUGGACUAGAAGCCGUGCCGUUUCGCGAUGUGCUGGCUGCUGCUUGAAAAGUGACUUCACUCUGCUUAACAGCUUGUGGUUCACAAUAAGCGCCAUCAUGCGCCAGGGGUGCGAUAAGUCUCCAAGGUCGCCUUCAACACGCAUCAUCACGGUGACUUGGUGGAUGUUCUCGUUCGUGCUGGUAUCUUCGUACACGGCGAACCUGGCGUCAUUCCUGACUCGAGAGCGGCUUCGGUCGCCCAUCGAGAGCGCCGAAGACUUGGCCAAGCAGUCCGCUGUGCGCUACGGUUGCGUGCGAUCAGGAUCGACACACACUUUAUUCAAGGAGUCGAGAUACGAGACGUACGAGAUGAUGUGGCACGCCAUGAAGGAUGACUUGGUGUCUUCCAACGACGAGGGCAUUGAGCGCGUUGAAAGCGGGGGCUACGCCUUCCUCAUGGAGUCUACCAGCGUCGAGUACGUGGUACGGAGACGGUGCAAGCUCAAGCAGAUUGGGGGUCUGUUGGAAUCCAAAGGCUAUGGCAUCGCCACGCCGACCGGUGAGUCUUAA